GUUAAAAGCAAAGGUCGCUAUGGAAGAGUUUACGUAGCAGAGUUGCGUAACAAAGGUCAGAAUGAAGUAAGGAUGGAAGUUAACGUGAAAGGACCAAACGAAGCAGCUAAAUACGAUGAUGUUCGGUCACUAGCUGAUGAAGCAAAAGUCAUGAUGGCCCUCGGUUGGCAUCCAAAUGUACUAGGUCUUAUCGGAGUUGUUAUUGAAAAUAUGCCACGAGGAGGCGACUUAUAUGUAGUAGUGGAAAACACGUUGGAUAAUUUGAAAAUAUUCCUGCACAAACGCAAAGAAUACUUUAUUAACGAGCUAGGAAGCAAAGAUGAAAGUGAUCAGAAUCCAUCAAAACGAAGCAAACUAAAACGAGAAAAGAUGCACAAAACACUUGGGCCAUCAAUAUCAACAACAACACUUUGUUCAUUUGCAUAUCAAAUUGCAAAUGGCAUGGAAUUCCUAGCGCGCAAAAAUUGCGUACACCGAGAUCUAGCUGCUCGGAACAUUUUAUUACGAGAGAAUGGAGUUAUUCGAAUUGCGGGUUUUGGUGAAGAUCGUCAGUGGGACUAUCAGUAUCUGAUGCAAGAAAUCGAGUAUUCCUCACCGUAUAAAAUCAUGGCACGUGAAUCAAUCAGCGAAUCACGAUUCUCUGAACAAACUGAUGUUUGGUCAUAUGGAGUUCUGUUGUGGGAAAUUUUCACGCUCGGUGGUGAUCCACACGAAAACAUUCACUCACCACAGAAACUUGCCGAAUAUUACCAGCGUGGAGGUCGACUUCGGAAACCUAAUUAUAUGCCAGAUAAUGUGUCUUCAUUAAUGUUCAAUUGUUGGCACGAAGAACCAGCGAAAAGACUCUCAUUUCUGAACUGCAGAACUAUUACGCAAACAAUUCUGAAAGAACGAAAUUCACAGUUUUUUUGCUGGCUUCAAAACCAACUGCAUGAGGAAUAUACAAAUAUGCAAAAAUAUGUAGAAUGGCGCGAUGGUCCUGAGGAAAACAGUACCUUGAACAUGACUGUAUAG